AUGCCUCCAAUCAGUAGAAUUACAAGGGCCGCAGCAAGACUAGCAGCAGGCUGCUCAGAAUCAGUCAACACGCCUGCAGGACCUCUUCCAACAAUUGCACCAAAUCGAGUCUCAGUGCCACCGAGAAAACGCAAAGCACCCGCUCUUGAAUCUAAUCAAACCUCAAUUCAACCUGUACUAGACCAAACAAAAGCUUCGACAGCUCGUCGUUCCAAGAGACAGAAAGUGGUAGCAGUAGCAGAAGCAGAGCGAACAACCUCAACCUCAACACCUACACAAGUAACAACUGUAGUAGCACGUCGAAAGAAGAAUAGUAAUCAAGCGGCUAUGUCGAGUCCUGGUGAUUCCAGUGGCGCUUCUAAUGAUCCUCCGACCGUAACUUCGGGGACUAAAAGAAGGUCAUCCCGAAAUAAAAAGAACGCACAAGAACCAUCUAACAACACCACUAGCUCUAGCCGUCAAACAAAAAAAAAUAUGAAUCAUGCCAAAGACAGUGAAACGAGCAUAGCUAACAAAACUACCGAUACUCCCUCUCCUGAGGCUGAUGGAGGAAGUGCUGAAGAGGAAGAUGAAGAUGAGGAUGAAGAGAUGCCACGAGAUUACGAAGAUGAAGAUCCUUUCAGCGGAUUUGGCGUACCCGGAGGUCCUCAAGGAAUCUCAAACACACUUCGGGCGUUAAGUACUAUGAUUUCAGGAGUUUCUUCAAGGCUGCGAGAUAUACUGAACAACCUAAAGCAAAAAGAUGACCCUUCCAUACAGCUGAUUGCACUGCAAGACCUCUCUGAGAUACUUCUGGUAUCAACGGAAGAUAAUCUUUCUGGCCACUUCUCACCCGAUGCCUUUGUGAAAGAGUUAAUAUCUCUCAUGCAACCUACUGACUUUGAUGAGGAUAAUACCGAAAUUAUGCUACUAGCCUGCCGCUGCAUUGCCAACUUGAUGGAAGCAUUACCAUCAAGCAUAACUAAUGUUGUCUAUGGUGGCGCCGUUCCUGUUCUCUGUCAAAAGCUUCUGGAAAUACACUUUAUCGAUUUAGCUGAGCAAGCAUUGAGUACACUUGAAAAGAUUUCAGUUGAGUAUCCUGCAUCAAUUGUUAGAGAAGGCGGAUUGACGGCAUGCUUAACAUAUCUUGAUUUUUUCGCUACAAGCACACAAAGGACCGCUGUAACGACCGCAGCUAACUGCUGCCGAAAUAUUCCAGAGGAUUCAUUUCCCAUAAUACGCGACGUAAUGCCAAUCUUGCUAAAUGUGCUCGGCUCUAAUGACCAGAAAGUCGUCGAACAGGGCUCACUUUGUGUAUCUCGUGUCGUAGAGAGUUUUAGGUACCACCCAAGAAAACUUGAAGAACUUGUUAGUCCCGACCUCCUUAAAGCAAUUCUCCGACUCCUUCACCCGGGAAGUACGAACCUCAUUGGUCCCAAUAUUGCGACUCAAUUUCUACGGGUUAUUGCUUUCACAGCAAAAGCUAGCCCCACUCUUUCAACAGCAUUAUUUAAGAUGAACGUUGUAGAGACGUUAUAUCAGAUACUGACCGGUGUAUCGCCACCUAGCCCAACUGAAGAUGUUGCGUCGAAGUUAGAUAGCGUCGUCAUCAUGCAGGCUUUGAUUCAUAGACCACGUGAGCAAGUCAUUGAGACCUUAAAUGUUGUCGGAGAGCUUCUACCGGGAAUCCCACGUGAAACAAACAAUAGUCUUGAGCGAUCGACUGAGAUAGAUACGCUAACAACAAUCGGUGAGGCUUCACCCUUAACUUCGGGCAGGCUAUCUUCAAGAGGAAAGCGGCUUGAGUUGUUAGAGGGGUGCAAGAUAGAAGUUAGGCGUUUUGCCAUAAUUCUAUUUCCUACGUUAACGGAUGCUUUCUCUAGUACUAUCAACCUCAGUGUACGCCAAAAGGUUUUAAGUGCACAACUUAAAAUGCUCUCAAAUCUUGAUAGAGAUAUUUUGGUAGAGGCAUUGCGAUCUGUGCCGUACGCCUCUUUCCUGGCCGGCAUCUUGUCCCAGCAAGACCACCCAUCUCUUGUCACCUUCGCACUUAGAGCUGCAGAGCUUCUUCUACUUCGCCUCGAUGAUAUAUACCGCUAUCAAUUUUACCGAGAAGGUGUAAUAACAGAGAUUUCGAGAUUAGCCACAAAUUUUGCCGAGGAGACGGCUCAAGCAGUUGAGAACGCACCGGAAGCUCCUGAUGUUUCGCCGGAGCAGGACACCAGCAACGGCACAAGCAAAGUACCCGAAAAAAAGGAUACAGUCGCAGAAAUAGUUGAAGAUGAUGAUAACUCUUCGAAUGGUGAUGAAACAGCAGAGAAUGAAAAUGAUGAAAUACAUGACGAUAUAAGCCCCUCACCAGCUAGCUCUCGUGGAUCUACUAUGUCACUUGAAGAUCCACCAAAUCAGAACAAAUCCGAUGUCCUUGCAACGCAACAAGCUGUUGCUCGGCAUGCAAAGAACUUCUUAGAUCUCCACAAGAAUGAAAAAGCCAGUAUAGAAAUGAAACAAAAAGCUACAAAAAUACUUGCAGACCUUAAAAAUCUCGCAUCAGAUAUUGAGGCCCAUUAUUUACAUGGAGCUCCUGGAAACGGCAUUGAGCUUUUUACUGCACUUGCAUCACAUUUCGACGGUGAUGUUCUAGAGAGUGUUACUAGUGCUGAACUCCUCAAUUCAGAGCUUGUCCGGGUUUUACUCGAUGUCUUCAAUAAUUCAGACGAGAAUCUCAGCAAUGGAGCUCGUUCCGCAUUUUUACAAGUCUUCAUGAACCAGACUCUAGGCAGAAAGUCCAAGGUCAAGAAAACCGAGUCAUCUGCUACUCCCUUUAGCAUUCUAGUGCAUAAGCUUCAAGACUUACUCAGCCGAUCUGAGCAUUUUGAGGUUGUGACUGUCCAUCAAAACACGUUUGAUGGAAAUAAAAGCAGCGCAGCUUCAAUGCUCGCUAAACAGAUACGGCUCAAAUUGGUUGCUGAUGAGAGUUCGGAGAUACCGCGGCCGUAUCGAAAUAUUAUGGUAUCUAUCCAUGCUAUAGCAACUUUCAAGGCCCUUGAUGACUAUCUCCGCCCAAGAAUCAAUCUAUCUGAAAAUCCUCGAGGGUUGCGAGCACGUGAUAGCCUGUCUGGAGCUCUAGCCGCAUUGGCUGCGGCCGGAAUGGCUAAUCCUUUUGCUGGCAUGCCUCAUACUCGUCUUGCUGAUCGUGGAAUUGGAUCCGCAACCACAACUGACUCUUCCUACUCAACGCCUUGGACAUCUAGAAGCUCUCGAAAGCUAGACCCCAAAGCCAAUCCGCUCAUAAACUCUACUGGUUCGGGAAAUCCUGCUUCGAACGUUCACGAUUGCGUAACUUCUCGUCAAUCAAAUAGACGCCAAGCAGCCACUGAAGCACCUGCCCCACUACCAUUGCAAGGAGAUAACAUAACUAACACAUUAGAAUGUGUUGACGAAAGACAGUUUACCGACGAUGAAGAUAUAAAUGACGGCACUGGAUUGGAUGCAAUCGUCGGCAAUAUAGAAGAAGAAAUAAGUGAGGAGAUACCCGAUCCUGCUGCUGUCAACUUAGAAAUUGUCGCAGGGGAAAAGGUGACCACCCGCAAUGAAGAUGGAGCUCGGUCUACUGCAUCAUCGCACAAUAAUUUUAGUAAUCGUCGCAGCAAGUCUACCAUACAAUCCUCGCCCCUGCCACAGAUCCUAACAAAUACGAGCUCUUCAUCUCGGCCAAUGUCAUACGCUGCCGCUAUUCAAUCAGUGCCCCAAGACUGGCACAUUGAGUUUAGCCUAGGUAAUACUGUCAUCCCCAAUGAGACAACUAUCUAUAGAGCAGUUCAUAGUAGAGGUGCCACUAUUGAGGAUCAUAGCAAUAGGAGUCUAUGGUCAGCAAUUCAUUCCAUCAAAUUUAAGCGAGUUUCCGGACCCCCUCCACCAGAGCCUAGCUCCCUCUCCCAGGCGUCCGAAACCAUUCCUGAGCCUACCGCAUCGGGUAUUCCAGCUUCCCUAGACAAACAACCUGCGACUUCGUCUAUUCUUAGACUACUCAAUAUACUCCAUGCUUUAAAUUCAAACCUUGAUGAUGUUCUAGCUGAGAACAGAGAAGUACUUAAGCUUAAUGUUGAGCCGCUGUCUCAAUUUGUCAACACAAAGCUUACUGCAAAGCUUAACCGACAAUUAGAGGAACCACUAAUUGUCGCAAGUAAUUGCCUGCCUAGUUGGAGCGAAGACCUUGCUCGUUGUUAUCCAUUUCUCUUUCCCUUCGAGACACGGCAUCUUUUUUUGCAGUCAACAUCCUUUGGAUAUGCACGAUCCAUGACUAGAUGGCAAAAAGCUCAAUCAAUAGAUGAAUCGCGUCGAGAGAGACAGCGUGACGAUCGACCAUUUCUUGGACGUCUUCAACGUCAAAAAGUCCGCAUUUCUCGAUCAAAGAUCCUUGAGUCUGCUCUCAAAGUCAUGGAGCUGUACGGAGCUUCCCAGAGUAUUCUAGAAGUAGAAUAUUUCGAAGAAGUUGGAACAGGACUUGGCCCUACGCUAGAAUUUUACUCGACGGUCUCCAAGGAAUUUUCGAAAAAAAAACUUCAACUAUGGCGAGAGAGCGAUAGCAAUAACACUGAUGAGUUUGCAUUUGGUGUGAAUGGCCUUUUCCCGGCUCCAAUGAGCGAUGAACAAUCAUCUAAUGAAAAUGGAAAACGCAUUCUUCACCUCUUCAAAAUGCUUGGCAAGUUUGUGGCAAGGUCAAUGAUAGAUUCUCGAAUUAUUGAUGUUUCUUUUAAUCCUACAUUUUUCCGUAUUGGUGAUGCUUUCAAGACUGUUUCGCCAUCUCUUGGAGCCGUAAAGACUGUUGACCCUCAGCUCUCGAGUUCCUUGAAAUUAAUUAAAAGAUUUGUGAUGGCUAAAAGAGCCAUCGAUAUGAACCCAGUACUCACCGCCAUGGAGAAAGUUGAUCAAUCCGAGAAAUUAAAAAUUGAUGGGAUUUGUAUUGAUGAUCUAAGUCUCGACUUUACUCUACCAGGAUACUCAUCAAUAGAGCUAUUGCCUGGCGGAUCCAAAGUUGCCGUUACUAUUGAUAAAGUGGAGCAAUAUCUCGAUAAAGUUAUUGAUAUGACGCUAGGAAGCGGUGUACAAAGACAGAUAGAUGCGUUCAGAGCUGGUUUCACACAGGUUUUCCCUUAUACUGCUUUGAGUGCUUUUACCCCUGACGAACUAGUUAUGCUUUUUGGUAGAUCCGAGGAGGACUGGUCUCUUGAAACACUGAUGGACUCUAUCAAGGCGGAUCAUGGCUUUAAUAUGGAUAGUAAGAGUGUAAGAAACUUGUUGCAAACUAUGAGUGAGCUCGAUCUUCCUACGCGUCGCGAGUUUUUACAAUUCACUACUGGCAGUCCCAAACUGCCAAUUGGAGGUUUCAAAUCUCUCACCCCCAUGUUCACUGUGGUCCGCAAACCAAGUGAAGCACCUUACACCUCUGACGAUUACUUACCUAGUGUUAUGACAUGUGUCAAUUAUCUGAAGUUGCCGGAUUACACAAAUCUAGAAAUUAUGCGUGAACGAAUGACAACCGCAAUUCGGGAGGGGCAAGGAGCUUUUCACUUGUCAUGA